AUGGCAAGCCAAGCCGCAGCCCCCAUCGUUUCCAGCCACCAAGCGGCCGCGCCGACACUUCCAGUGGAGCCAAAGAAGGCUCAUCAGCAAAACCCAUCAAACGAUGACGAUGAGACAGUGGCAACAACAAAAGCCCCAUCUUUGGAAGCUACCGAUGAGCCCCAAAACAGCCAGAUUAAACCAAAAAGCCCAGCUCCAAAGCAAGCCGAUGAUGAAGAAGAACAAAGAAAAGUAGAUCAAGUUGCAGAAUUAGCAAUGGCGGCGGAGGAGAACGUCCGUGAGCGGCUGAAGAGGCACCGGGUGGAGGUGGCGGGGCGGGUCUGGAUCCCGGAUAUGUGGGGCCAGGAGGAGCUGCUCAAGGACUGGAUAGAUUGCACCGCCUUUGAUGCUCCGUUGGUGAACAGUAACAUAAUGCUGGCUCGAGCGGCUUUGAUUAAAGGAGGUAGAUUAAGAACAAGCUCCAGUGGGAUAAGAAUAGAGAAUAGCUGUUAA